AUGGUCUUAUUUGCUGCAAUAGAACAGAAUGAACAGUAUAAUUUCAUCACAACAUUUUUGGAAGAAGCUGAGGAUGCAGCAUUAGCCCUAGAUGAAUCUGAAGAACCAAAAGGGAUGUUACAUGGAGUGCCUGUUUCUUUGAAAGAUUACUUUACUGUGAAGGGCUAUGACACCACCCAUGGCAUGGCCAGAUAUGUUGACAGCCCUUGGGCAGAAGAUUGUGUGGUUGUCAAGGUCCUCAGGUACCAGGGUGCAAUUCCCUUUAUGAAGACAAAUAUCCCUCAAACCAACUUACACUUUGACUGCUCAAAUCCAAUAUUUGGACGAACUCUAAACCCUUGGUCAAAACAGCGGACUCCAGGCGGAUCGUCAGGAGGUGAAGCAGCAGCCAUUGCUGCUGGGAGCUCUAUUGUUGGGAUGGGAAGUGAUAUUGGUGGAAGCAUCAGGAUUCCAGCUCACUUCUGUGGAAUAUGUGGGAUAAAGCCAACUGUGGGUAGAAUAAGGUAUUCUUGUAAUAGAAUCUGUCAAAGAGUGUUAUAUCUGAGCAGACAUUUCAUUUUGACAAUGUUGUUAAAAUGGUGUUUAAUACGGAUGUUUGUGUUUAAACUUUUCACAGUGGCUGCAUCCAUGGGACCGAUGGGCAGAGAUGUGGAUAGCGUGGCAACCAUGAUGAAAGCCUUGCUAGUACCUUUAAUGUUUGAACUGGAUCCAAUGACCCCACCAUUAACUUUUAAUACAGAGGAAUAUGAAAGUAACCGUCCACUGAAGAUAGGCUUCUACUUGGAGGAUGACUGGUCAGUGCCAAUCCCAGCAUGCAACAGAGCUGUUGAAUUGGCAGUUGCCGCAUUAAAGAGUCAGGGACAUGAGGUGGUUCCAUGCAGUCCAACCAGAGCACAGGAGAUGUACUUGGACUACUAUAUGAGAUUUUGCAUGGCUGAUGGCGGUCAGAAACUUCUAAAAUCUCUAGAAGAUGAACCCAUAUUUGACCCUACCAUUAAAGGCCAAGUUUCAGUGCUAAAGCUACCAAAGAUCUUACGUACUACACUGGCAAUACUACUGAAACCCAUGGCAAGUGCUUAUUACAUUUCACUCACUUUAUUUAUACUAGUGAAUUAUUUGAAGUUAGUGUUUAUCAAUUUUACGCCACUUCUUAGCAGAAUGAUUUUAUGUCUAAAUGGAUUCAGGUCGAUCAAAGACAUGAAUGAGAAAAAAUGUGACAUCCAGGAGUGGCAGUUGAAGAUUCUGCAGGAUUGGGAGAGGCUUGGUCUAGAUGCUGUUGUAUGCCCAGUUGCUCCUUGUGUGGCUGUACUGAAUGGCUACCCAGCAAAGUGCCUCGGUGCUCUAAGCUACACAGCAUAUUACAAUUUAGCAGACUUUCCAGCUGGUGUGGUGCCAGUGACCACAGUGACAGCAGAGGAUGACCAAAAUCUCAAGUCUUACUACAAUCAUGAUGUUCUUUGGAUGAAAAACAUGAAAAUGGGUUGUGUUGAUGCCAUUGGCCUUCCUGUUGGAGUGCAGUGUGUUACAAAGCCUUGGCAUGAAGAGUUGUGCUUGAGAGUUAUGAGGGAUGUAGAAAAUGGACUGAAAAAAGAUUAAUCAGUCAGGUGUUUUCGGUAAUAUUAUAGAAAACAUCUGCUGCAGCAAUCCAAGUGGGAAAAGACCCAGAUUAUUCAUUACGAGUGACCAAACAAUGAUCAUAAUCUUUGCUGACAAACAUUGAAAUUUGAGAGAGAGAGACUGAGAACAUGAAAUUCAUCUGUUGCGAUAAUUUGAGGCACUUGCAGUUUUACUCUCAAGGGGUGCUUCUAGAAUGUAAUUGCUUACAGUGGUUUUAAGGAUGUUUCUCUAAAAAUUAAUUUCAAUGUGAAAAUUAAUUUCCUAUGUGAAAGA